UUAUCAUUCAUUCAUGAGUCUCCAAUUGGAAGCGUACCGCGCGUGACACGAGUGCUCCUACAUUCCAUCGACAAUCAAACGACUUGCCGAUAUUGGUGUUUUACAAUCGCAUUAUAAAUCAGACCAAUCAAGAUGAAAAGACUAAUUAACGCGUUAUCGGCGUUUCUGAUGGUGAUAUUGGUGGCUGCUCCCAGUUUGGUGCAAGCCGAACGAGAGGACCCACUGCAGGUUUUCCCGCAACUGAAACGCUCCAGGAGAAUCGUAGCCGGAUUUUCGAGCUUCCUGGCCGCCGCUCAAAGUGACGUGAUUCUCUCCGAGGAAAGUUUCAUUCAGUCGUCGAUCAGCGAUGAGUCUUCCCUUCUGCGACAACUGACCGGUGACGAUGUCCAGGCUAAUGGACCACAGUGCGUCGGAUUCAUCCGAGAGAGCAGCAACAUUCUGAUGAAUUUGGCUGGAAUCGCGUACACCAACUGUUUCAAUGAUGCCGAUGACCAGGUGUUCAUCGAACUGUCCAAAAUCUCCGAACUACAGCUGACGCGUGAACAGUACGAACAGUUCAACCUGUUGGGAGCUUUCCGAGGAGAAAAUAUCUUCGUGGACCCGUCUAGAAUUCGCGACAAACUGUUGGCCCGUUCGCAAGCCCUCGCUUCCAUUCCUGCUGUAUCGGCCGAAACCCUGGAGGCCCUUCGAGUAGCAUUUGGUGAAAUUAAAACCAGCUUCCAAAGUUGUAUGGCAGAUGCUCAGGCGAGACUGGCGGAUAACUUGAAAUUUUCCGCUCGGCAAGUGCGGGCAAUUUGUGCCGGUGAAGCAUCAAAGCAAAUUUGAGAAGUGUUCUGCUUGACUGGUUGUUGGGAUGUUUUUCAACUGCAGCUGCUGUCCCAAGCGUGGUGGGCAGGUUGACGAAAUAAAUUAUUCAUAAGUGUUUAUUGAGCAUUGCAAGAAGUAUUUUGCUGCCGUCGAAUUGGAGCAGAAAGUUAA